UUGAAGCAAAACCAAACAAAGUACUAAAGAUUUAACUUACAGACUUAAAGAUGGACAUGGAGAAACCAGGCAGUGAGAGUGGAUGCCUCAGCCCAGACUUCACUGCACCAGAGUGUCCAGCUUUCUCCAGCGGGGACCAGGCAACACCCCCCCUGUACCCCAAAACAGAAAUGGCUUCUCCGUCCCCUUCUCCGUCCCCUUUCCUUUCUAACAGCCAGAGCCAAGCCAAAGAGCCUACCAAAAUGUCUAUACCGGAUGAACCUAAAACAGUCUCAGAGAAGCAGCCGUCUGUGGAAGUUCUUGAGUCCAGUAACCUCACAACGGUUGCAGGGUCUGGAUUCACUACAGCUGGAGACAAAGAUCAAGGUCAAGGUGUCUCCUCUGACUCUAACAAAGACAAAUCUGGCAUGUCGUCUUAUUUCGAGACUUUGGCCCUGAAGGCAGAUGAGGGAUCCAAGGGGGCUCAAGCAGCAGAAGGUUAUUAUGAACUGAGCACCGCAGGUCAAGAGAAGAGCUUAGAGAGAAGCUCCCCAACAGUUCCGUCACCCCCUGAGAUCAACUACAGCAUGUUGGCACAAACACAGUCAGUGGAGAAGAAGCCGGACACCAAAAAGAGUCCGAUGGGAUAUCAAAAGGAUACCUUACCGGCCCUGGACAGGAGUAACGAAUGUAGGCUUUCCCCCGGGAAGUUGGCCCUGGAUCAGAGAAGCUACUCUCUCAACAUUACGAUUGGAUCGAUGGAUCCCAGCGGCCAGGGCCUACCUAGGAACUUCUCUCCAUUGGCCACGGACAUCAUGUCUUUUACCAGUGGCAGUCUGGAUGAGUCUGUCAACUAUCUCCCAGUUACCACCCUGUCUGCGGAGAAGGUGCCCCCGCCUUUCCCUCCCCUGAUCCUGGAGACUGCCGCCUCAGUCACGUCUGACUCCUCGUCUCCUCCCCACAACACAGGAGAGAUCCCCGGCGAAAAGACCAGCCCCCAGGGGUCAGAGUCCCCAGAGUCUCCCUUUCCACCCAAAUACUACUACAAAAAUGGGACAGUCAUGGCUCCUGACCUACCUGAGAUGCUGGACCUUGCAGGCACCAGGUCUAGACUAACUUCUGAAAACAAUGACCCAGAGACCAUGAGGAGGAAGUCUGUCCCUGCAGACGCCCAAGGCAUUGGGAGCGACUCCCUGGCCAACCUGGUCCUGGGGGACCAGAAUCAGAGCCAGAGUAUUGCCAAGAGUGAGAGCCAGCUGGAGGAGUUGGGUUACUGUGUGUUCAGUGAGUACUCAGGGCCCAUGCCUUCCCCUGCUGACCUCCAUAGUCCCAUUGACUCCCCGCCCCAGCGCUUCACCCCUAUGGCUCUGGAGGAAAAGAUGGCAGAGGAAAAACUGAAGAUCGAAGCUAGAGACAAACUAGCCGAAGACGAGAAGACAAAUCAGUUAACUGUGUGUGACGGUUCCAAAGAAAAGGAAGAAGYUAAACAAGUGGGACGGAAAGAUUCUGCUUCAGAGGAAAAAGACAACAAAGAGAUCAGCCAUGAAAAAUCUGCCAUAGAGGACCAAAACGACAAACCGGCUUCAGCUCUGAAGUCAGCAGAGUCCUUUGUGACUCCUACAGUGAUGGUCACCCUGGAUGAGGAGGGAAAGGCAGGGAACGAGGGACCAGAGAAAGAUGCUGAGAUGGCUGCCUACGAGAGGCAGAUCCGCCGGCUGGAGAUGGAGGACAGGCCCCUGAGCAUGGAGGAGGAGCGAGAGCUGCAGGAGUUAAGGGAGAAGGUGAAGGACAAGUUCUUGGUGCACCAGGAGGCAUACGAGGAGGUGGAUGCCGAAGACGUCUACCAACUGACUGGGGUUGCCAAGGACCGGAUCAGCAGGCCCGCGAGGCCCUCCCCGGCCUCCUCCGUGGAGAGCACCACAGAAGAAGAGAAGGUUCCAGUUACGGACACCGAGAAACCUAAACAGACGGGAGGUCAGACAACGCCUCCGAAGGUUGACGUCAUGGCGACAUCUCCGUCUGUGUCAGGUGGUGGUGUGAGCACCACAGAAGAAGAGAAGGGGAAAGUUAGCGAAGAGAAGCUGAAGAAGGAGCAGGAGCAGGUUGUAGAGGUCAAAGAGAAGAACAAAGAAGAAAAGGAAGAGGGGGAGGAGGAGGAGGAGGAGGAGGAGGAGGAUAUAGAGCAGGAGGUGGAACAGGAGGAAAUCAUGAUAGAGAUAAAACCAACAAAGCCUGGAGAGAAAGAAGAGAAGGUUGAGAAGGAUAUAAUGAAAGACAAGGAGGAAGAAGAAGAAGAAGAAGAAGAAGAAGAGGAAGAUGGUGAAGUUCUGGCAGGGGCAGGAGCAGCGAUGGAUGACGUUCCAGAACCCAGAGCUGCCAUAGAGUCAGUGGUGACUGUAGAAGAUGACUUCAUCACUGUAGUCCAGACCAUCGACGAGGGUGAGGAGCCAGGACACAGCGUGCGUUUCUCUGCUCCGCCUGAGCCUGAGACACCACAGGCUCUCCACGAGCAGGAGGAAGAGGAGGAGGAGGAGUCCCAGGAGGUGGAGAUCAUGGAGGCAGCUAGUCUUGAGGAGGUGGGGGAUGUCUCAGAGGAGGUCCGUGAGAAGGAGGUGCAGGCCUCCCCAGAGAAGGAGGUGCAGACAGAGACCGAGGGACAGACAGAGAGCUACGACAGAGAUGAGACCACCAUGGACGACUCAAUCCUAGACAGCUCUUGGGUCGACACUCAAGAUCUCUGCACUGUAGAUGUGGAUGAUGACAAGAGCAUGGCUACAGAGCAGAUCGAGCCCCUGAGAGCCGACCGGGUCCCAGCCCCACCAGUCAAGAAGGAGAAGACUCCCCAACAGCAGAAGCAGGAGAAGCAGCCGGUGAAUCCCAAGGCUAAAGGGGGACGGGUGAAAGGGCGCGAGGGGCACGUCUCCACACCAGAACGUAAACCCAUUCACAAGCAGCCGGUCUAUAUCCCCAGGGAGGACGUCAAGAAGAAGAAAGCCGUGAUUAAGAAGACUGAGCUGACCAAGAAAGCUGAGACUCAGAUGCGCUCCUCUCCGUCUCGGAAGAGUGUGUUAAAGUCUACUGCGGUCCGACACUCGCGUCCUGCCCAGGCCCACCCCUGUGCUAGGAGGAAACCUACAGUGGGUGUACCAGAGGGUCGUCGGCCCCUCAGUGUUGCUAGACAGUCUGGGGACAGAGGCUCAGAUGGUGGUUCUCAGAGCCCAAAGAGGUCAUCCCUGCCGCGGCCUGCCUCUAUCCUGAGCCGGCGUACCCACCACCACCCACACGACCAGGAGGAGAGCUCCACCUCAAUCACCAGCUCCGGCUCCACCGCACCCCGCAGACCUACGUCGUUCCGUACAGAGGUCAGGGCGGAGCAUAGGACAGGACGCGCCCCUAGUUGGACAGGCACACAGUCGAUGCGUUCCCGCUCGCUGUGCAGCGGCCCCACCACACCCCGCACCCCAGGGUCCACAGCCAUCACCCCUGGAACCCCUCCCAGCUACAGCUACUCCUGCCGCACACCCGGGACCCCUCGCACCCCCGGCACACCACGUUCACUCAGCCUGCUGCAGGAGAAGAAGGUGGCUCUGCUCCGCACCCCWCCCAAGUCCCCCGCCACCACCCCCAAACAGCUCCGCGUCCUCAACCAGCCCCUGCCCGACCUGAAGAACAUCAAGUCCAAGAUCGGCUCCACAGACAACAUCAAUUACCAGCCCAAGGGGGGACAGGUGCAGAUACAGACCAAGAAGAUUGACCUGAGUCAUGUGACCUCCAAGUGUGGAUCCUUGGACAACAUUCGCCACCGGCCAGGGGGAGGUAACGUGCGCAUAGAAAGUGUGAAGCUGGACUUCAAAGACAAGGCCCAGCCCAAGGUGGGUUCCCUGGAUAAUGCACACCACACCCCUGGUGGAGGCCUCAUUAUGACCCAGGGGAAAGCGUCCCAGGGCUGGGGUGGACUGGAGGGAGACUGUAGGCAGGGGGAGGUGUUCAGGGCUGGGGUGAACUGGAGGGAGACUGUGGCAGGGGGAGGUGUUCAGGCUGGGGUGAACUGGAGGGAGACUGUAGGCAGGGGGAAGGUGUUCAGGGCUGGGGUGAACUGGAGGAGACUGUAG